AUGAGUGCUACGCAAGCAGUUCAUUUUGCGGGCGAAGCAAUCGCGGACCUUGUGGAAGGGCCGAACGCGAAAGACGCUCAUGACGCAAACGGCGAGGAGGAUGAUGAGGAGAAUGAAGACGACGAUAUAAGGGAUGGCGGUGAUAGUAACGAAAUCAUCUAUCACUGGAUUGAGCCGAAAAAACGGAAGCAGAGCGUGCACCGGGAGCAUGGCUAUUGCAGUCGGCAGGAAAUAUGCCUGUCUUUUUACCUGUACAACAUGGGCACAGACAUUUACAUUUGGAAUUAUUACACUUUUUACAUUGGUUCGCACAUACCGAAGGAGCGCAAUCGUAAUUGCGGUAGCCACUUUUGCGCUCUAAGGAGGUUAUUACCGCAUUCCAAGCACUUCUUCUGCGCCAUCUUUUACUCAACAUACAGAACCAUGAACCUCCUACCUCAGCCAGGGACACUGACCGUCUCCCAUCGGCGUCACUGUAGCAGCCAGAUGAACGCCAUCCAAAUCACAGCCGAUUACAUCACUACAAUGAAGCUAUCACAACUGAGAUAG